AUAAUACAUUCACCAUACUUGUCAAUCGGCGGGCCACCUUGGCAGACCUUUUUCCAUUUCGGAGCACCCAACUUUCCAGGUGUGCAAAAUGACCUUCAGGUCGAGGGCGCUGUCGUGCUUCUGGAUAGCAUCCCUGCUGAUUUCAGGCGUCUUUUCGCAGAGCUGCAGAAUAUCCCAAGAUGGUGAAGAGAUCUCAAUUGGAACGGAACUCAUCAAUACAAAAUCUGUUUCUGACGCCUCGGCAGCAGAGGUGGUUGUAGAGCGGCUUCAAAUUAUUGAAGGCACUGUGACAGGUGUUUCUCUGGGUGAGGAGAAAUAUCUAGCGGCAACCAUCGAGGGUGAAGAGAUAGUCAUAAGGACCACUAACGAUUUCCAAAAUUAUGAAGAAAAUGAGUCAGCAUCGUCCUUUGAGUACACACUUGUAAUGGAUUGCGCCGAUGAAAGUGAAAGAAAUAUCAACAUUCUCACACUAGUUGAUCUGACCAACAACCACGAUCCUACCUUCAUAUAUGAGGAAGGGACGAGCAGUUACAACUUCCUACUUCCGAUGCCCUUUCCAAAGGGCGUCGCAAUCAAUCUGGCAUUAGAAAUCAAAGUCGGUGCUUAUGAUGUAGACAUUUUCAAUACCGAUAUCUCCUUCGAGCUAGACGACCCUUCAGGAAAUUUGGAGAUAACGCCCCAAGACGUUGUCGUAACUCCAGGAGAAAAAAACCAGUAUUUAAUAGUCAUCAGAUCGGCAAAGCUUCUGAAUCUGCAAAACUCUUACUCCUUCAAAAUUAUUGCAAAGGAUAAUGAAGGCGCGGAAACAAGGACUGCUGAGGCAACAGUAACAAUCACAGUUGAUCAAGCUAACACCACCCCAAUCACAUUCGGAUUCAAACAAAACUUCUACACCGCUAAAGAUGACAAUCCAACAGAAAACGGACCAAUUGUUCCCAACGAACCAAUUGAACUAAUCGACGUUUUGACUGGUGAUGUUGUUGUAACAUUGGCACCUGCAUCAGGAGAUUUGCCGUCAUUUGAAAGCAAGUUUGAGGGCAAAUAUGAAGGAAAUGGCAUUGUGACGAUUUCACAGAUUGAAGCUUUUACUGAAAGUGAUGUCAUCCCACCCAGUAUUGGACUUGAAAUUCAAGUCAGUGAAGCAACAAGCGGCUUCUUGGCAAAGACUGUGCUGCUCAUAUCACUGCCUGUCAAUGAAUGUCCUAAUUGUCCCACCACAUGUCCGACGUGUAGCCCAAGCACGACGUGUCCAACCUUCCCCACCUGUCCGCCGUGCAACACGCCCUUCCCAACGGAGCCGUCCUCGUGUCCCACGUGCGCACCCUGCACCAGCACCACCCCCAAGCCACCGGCAAGCAUCGAGUUCGAGGUGGACAGCUACGCGACCACGAAGGAACCCUUCUACACCGGCGUCCUCUUCCAGGUCAAGGCCAACGUUCUGGACGGCUCGGACAGCGACAUCGAGUACGGCGUCGACGCCAAAGAAGAAAUGGUCGGUAGACUGGAAAUGGACAAGGUCACUGGCGAGCUCAGCCUGACUAGGAAUGCAGCGCCUGGCACCUAUAAAUUCGAAGUGACGGCACUCCACGUGAUUUCCACUGAAGUGGCCCGCGUGCCCGCUUACCUGGCCAUUACAAGUGUAGGUGAAUGUUCGGAUGGCACCACCUGUUUCAAAUACGCUCUUGUCACCACCGAUGUUAUUGAGGCGACGGAGGUGGACGACCUCAUUCCUGGAUCGGCACCCUCUGGAGAUAACUGCGCGUUCCGUAUUGACGACCGAACACCAGAAUUCGACGGUUGGUUCGAAAUUGACGCGGCCACGGGCGCUUUGAAGGCCCUUGCGGCGACCAACGUUGAGGACGCCGCCUUCAUCGGUGUUGAAACGCCACAGGUCAUGCUGCGUUUGCGGGUCACGUGUGGUCUGACCAAGGAAAACAAAGACACGGUCAAUGCAUCGCUGAGCCACCGUCUGCAGGAAGGCGUCACCAAAGAGGAGAUGCUGGUCGUCGUCAAUUUGCUCAAUAAAAACGAACACGCGCCUCAAUUCGCGAGCGAAACUCUGACUGUUGGGUACCCCAGCAAGGCGUUCGCACGCCAAAUAUUCCCAGGAUCAAUCGUGCAAGUCAAGGCUACCGAUGCAGACAAGGGAGACGAGGAUAACAUCAGAUAUAGCCUGGAAUUUGUUACCGAACAAUUCACGAUAGACGAAGUCACUGGUGAGGUGUUCCCCAUUGAUGGAAAAUUUGAUUACCAGAACGUUGAAAUUAACCUCCUCGCGCGAGAUAAUUUGGGUGAAGCUCCGUAUUUCCAAGGACGACUUAAACUUCGGAUCCAAAUGGUAGGAGAGGGUGAAGUGGCUGUCACGGUCAUCGAUGGAACAUCGAUCGAUGAGGCGGAAUCGAUCAUCGCCGAACUGAACGCGAAACUCGACACCCACAUUUGGGGUUCCCUGAGAACCUCGUACGUCGCUGGCGACAAUGACGCGAAAGUGGAAAGUACUGCCCUGACGAGCAGCAGGGCUCUUGGCGGUGGCCUCACCAUGGUCCUCUACGCCUUGGACAAAAAUUCCUUGACCGUCGCACCGCACGCCGUGAUAAAACAAUUGCUGCAAAACUACAAUCCAGCCUCUGGAUGGUCGAUUUCUGGAAUAGACACUUGGCAGGAAGCCGGCGGAUGGUCACAGGGCAACCCUUCUGCCGACGAAGGAUUGACCAUCGCUGUAAUUGUUCUUAGCGUCAUUGUUGCGCUCCUCAUUAUCGCCAUCAUUGCUGUUGUCUAUGUAGUUGUUUUCAGAAGAAGCAAACUUGAUAAAAUGCGAGCUAAGGUUGGAGUGAAAAACAGAACCAGUUUCUCCAAACAUAGGGAGAGCCUCGCUGUGGAGGCGGCAAAGAGAACGCACGUGAAUGGGCUCGAUUUUCCGCACAAGCCAGAGGAGGAAAUGGAAGAGAGAAAGAAAUCUACUGUCAAGUUCAAUGAUGAGCCAGAAGUGAUUCCCAGUAAUGAAUCUGUCAGACUCUGAGAGGUGCAAGCGGAAAUAAUACCUUAUAUGAAUAAUUCACUUUUUUAUUUAAUUAUUUAUUAAGAACGGUGUUUAAAUUUAAACUGAUAUUAGAUGAAGAUGUUGAAAUACAAUGUAACCAUACGUCAAAAUAAAAUUAUUUUAUUUAUA